AACAAAUAUCAACACGUCCAUCUGCACUACACAUCUUCCCCAAUCUAACUCUUAACCCUAACCAUCGCUCAUUUACCUCUCUUUCUCUUUCUCUUUCUCUCUCCAUGGACCUCAGUGUUGUCCCAUAUACUCAACACACCAGCUCUGACACAGACCACGACAGUCCCGGCGACGCCAUUGAAGUCGAACACAAACCUUCCGCCGCUGAUUCCAGGUCCACUGACUUUAAGAAGUCGCCGCCGCCUGUUAAGUUCAAAGAAUGCAUGAGGAAUCACGCUGCCUCAAUCGGCGGACACGCCAACGACGGAUGCGGCGAGUUCAUGCCUCGCGGACUCGACGGCACUCGGGAAUCCCUAACCUGCGCCGCAUGCGGAUGUCACCGUAACUUCCAUCGCCGGGAGAUCCCCGGCGCUCAUUUCGUACAUCACCAUCCGCCACCGCCUUCACAGAUGGUGGUGUACAACGCGGGGCCCACCACUCCUAGAUGGGACAAGAACGUUAUGAAUAAUAAUAGCACCACCACAUUGCCGUUGUUUCAACCGCGUAAUAUGUCCACGCGCCGUUAUCAGUAUAACAGAAAUAACGGCGAUCACCACCACCACCAUCAUCAUCAUUUGAUGGGAGCCGUUGAUGAGGGAGACCAUCAAGAUCAGGAUCACGAAGACAAUGCCGAGGCUUACGAUCGACGCUCGGAGACGCCGGAGAGAGGAGACGGAAACGUGACUCCCGGAGGCGGGACGGGCAGGACGGCGGCGAUGAUGAUGAGGAGCAAACGGUUCAGGACGAAGUUCACGCAAGAGCAGAAAGACAGGAUGCUGGAGUUCGCGGAGAGGAUUGGGUGGAGAAUCCAGAGGAAUGACGACGGCGUACUGAAUCAGUUCUGCAACGAGGUUGGCGUGAAGCGAAAUGUGCUCAAGGUGUGGAUGCAUAAUAACAAGAAUGCACAUCGCCGUAGAGAACUAUCGCUUCAGUCUCCCAUGUCGGGGGGUGCGGCGGCAGAUACUCCGCCGGCACCGCCUCAACAAUCUCACCCUCCACAGCCAAUCGGAGUCUGAAUCUGAUGGGUUAUCACUCAACAACCGCUUGUCUUUUUUGCCGACGUUCUAAUCGUUUUGUACUCUGUUAAGUUGUUAUUUUUCUUUUUUUCCUAAUCCGUGUAAAUUAAUUUAAUUAAUUAGAGAUAAAAUUAGCUUAGAAGAUGGGCUAAUGAA